CUCAUCUUUGAGGAUGCUUUUGGACCCUAAGAGCGUAAUAUCGUAUGACUGGCUUGCAGCGACUGCGUUACUAGCAAUUUUGCUUACAGUAUUGUAUCAACGCAUCGUUUAUCGUCUCUAUUUACAUCCUGCGAAUCAGCUUCCAGGUCCGCCUAUAGAAUGGAUACCAUUUUCAGGCAAUUUGAAACAAGUCCUGACAAUGUCAAUCCUCGAAUGUUUGGUCUUAUGGAGCAAGCAGUAUGGUGGCAUCUUUCGUUAUCGCGCCCCUGGAUAUGAUCCACACGUCGUCAUUACGGAUCCAAAACUGGUGAAGCAGGUGUUGAUGACAAAACAUGAUAUCUUUGUCAAACCCUUACAUGUACGGGAAGGCCUGGCGAUACGGCUGGGCUACGGCAUGGUUGUUGCAGAAGGAGAGGUGCAUCGCCAGCAACGAAAGGUCCUUAAUCCUCUGUUCUCCGUACAAGCUAUUCGCCAAAUUUACCCGUUGAUGGCAAUGCCGAUUAUAAAAUUGCGGAACCUGUGGUUGGAGCAAGUCGAUUCUGGUAAAACCGUGACGGUCAAUGUUCUACCAGCUUUUCUUUCCAUGACUUUAGACGUCGUCGCACGUGCAGUGUUGGGCCAAGAUUUUCAAUGCCUAGAUCGUAAAGAAGGGACUAGAGGCAGUCGCUUCUUGAAAGCUUACGAAGAUGUGCAACACUUGGAACCAAGAUGGCAGCAUUUAUUGUGUUUUAUCUGGCCUUGGGUUCGAAGAUUUCGUGAUCUUCCAACGACACCAAAUAUUCUGUUCAAACGUGCUCUGUCCACGCUACAUGAAGAGAGCUUGGCUAUAGUAGAAGAAACUGUACAAAGCAAGGCUGCCGGGGCCGAUAUUAUCGGUGUAUUGGGACAAAUGCUCAAAGGAAUAGAUGGCGACACUGACCAUGGAGUAUCAACGAAGGAACUACAAGAUCAAUGCCUUACUUUCUUACAUGCUGGGCACGAAUCAACGGCUCUUGCAUUCUCAUGGACUCUAUGGCUUAUGGCUAAGCAUCCUGACAUUCAGCAUGAAGUACGCAAGGAAAUCAGACAGGCGUUUGAAGCUGAACAAUCCGAGACCCUUCCCUAUGACACUAUCCAGCGGUUGCAGCUGCUGAGCAAUAUCUGCAAAGAAUCACUUCGGGUAGUUCCUCCUAUUCCCGUCACUUUACGUACGGCGACAGAAGAUACCCUGGUUGGUGACUAUUUGAUACCGAAAGGCACGUUCGUCAUGAUUGCUCCCUUUGCAAGCCACCGGCAGCAAGAGUGGUGGGGCGACGACGCCCUCCUAUUUCGUCCUUCCCGGUGGAAUGAAGCGCCCGCAAAUGAGAUCGAUCCCUACAUCUACAUGCCUUUCUUGGCCGGUACACAUCAAUGUAUUGGCCAUCGUUUCGCGUGGGCAGAGCUGAAACUGGCUUUAGCUAUUCUUCUGAAGGACUUUCACUUUACGGAAAAACCAGGCUUUGAACCAGGCUUCAAACAUCAGGUCUCUCUUGCCCCAAAAUAUGAUAUGCAACUGUUAAUGCAAAAGAUAGACUGAUAAAAUACUAUUCAUAAGAUGCAAUAAAAAUGAG